AUGAUUUUACACUCUGUCAGAAUUUUUUUGCUGAUUGUGCUGUAAAUAUUUUAACUACAGGUUGUUAGAUUGCCAAGAAUACAUGUGAUGAAUACAGUAAUUAAUUAAAUUGUUCACAAUCCAAAUUAAAAAAUAGAAAGUCUGUGUUUGGAAUGGUAUAAUUGUAAGCCUUUUAGUGAUCCUCAAACAGAAUUUAUAUUGUUUAUUGGGUAGAAACUGAUUCAUUAUUCUUGUUAGGAAAUCAAUAUUGAUUGUAAAAAUUUUUCUGAUGGUAAAUAGGAAAUGUUAAGUUUGGAGGCAUCUUGA